AUGUGCCCCAUCUAUCAAAGGGAGAAGGAGAUCGUGGGCCACAUUCUUUGGUACUGCUCGUUUGCACACGAUGUAUGGUCUGGCAGUAAUUUUACCAUCCAAAAAUGCCCAAGCUUUGAAGAUGAUUUAGUCAACAUCUUUGAGGCACUGCACGAGAGGUUACAGGUGGAAGAGUUGCAAGUAGUGGCAAUAAUAACCAUAUUGAUUUGGCUCCGAAGGAACACAGUGGUCUUUGGGGGAGACUUCUCAGGACCUGCAGAGAUCAUCCAGAAGGGGCAGGACCAACUAGAAUCUUUUUGGAAGGCAGAGCAAAGCAGGCGAACUCUACACAUCAUGCAAACUAUUCUAGCGGUGCAGGGAUGGCGAAAACCUAGUCAAGGUGUUAUGAAACUGAACUGGGAUGCAUCGAUUGAUAAGGGGAGGAAUAUAAUGGGAAUGGGGAUGGUUGCUCGUGAUCAUAACAAGCAGUUUAUCGCUGGCCUAUGUGCUCUUCAACAAUUCAUCAGCGAUCCCACUACAGCAGAAGCAUUGGCAGCAUGGAAGAUGGUGGAGUUCUGCAUCAACCCGGAGUUUGAAAAUGUUGUUCUGGAAGGUGACUGUCAGGAGGUGGUCCAAGCUUUGGUUUCAGAAGAUGUCUGCUGGGGACGGUUUGGUCUACUAAUUAACGACACCAAACAACUCCUGUGCAGAAUCAAGCAAUGA